CACCGUCGCAAGUGGCUGACCCGCCACUCGGCUAUCAGCUUCAGUGGAACAAACACCUGUGAACAGACAGUGACCAUGAGUUUCAAAGACAAGGUGGUGAUAGUGACCGGAGCCAGCUCCGGCAUCGGAGCGGCGACGGCCGUGAGCUUCGCGGGCCAAGGAGCCAACGUGGUCUUGGUAGCAAGAAACCAAGCCAAGCUCGACAAUGUCACCAGCUUGUGCUUCGAAGCUGGCAAGAAACCUCUAGUCAUCAACGCUGAUGUCGUCAAAGAAGAGGACGCGAAGAGGAUUAUAGAAGAAACGCUGAAAGCCUACGGUAAAAUCGACGUGCUGGUCAACAAUGCUGGUAAAAACACCACAGUCACCUUCGGAAGCCAAGACACGAUGGCGGCACUUGAUGACGUCAUGACGCUGAACUACCGCGCGGUCGUUCACCUCACCUACCUAGCCCUGCCGUACCUGCUCCAGUCCCAAGGAAACAUCAUCAACGUAUCCAGCAUUGCGUCAACAAAAACCUUCCCUAACGGCUGGGCGUACUGCCCCUCCAAAGCCGCUGUGGAUAGCUUCACGAAGUCCCUAGCUCUGGAACUAGGUCCUAAAGGCGUCCGAGUGAAUGCUGUCAACCCUGGGCCGGUGAAGACGGAUAUCAUAGACAACAUGGGGAUACCCGGGUCGGUGUCUGACAAGGUUUGGGAGAGCAUGAAGGCAAUGACUGCGCUGCACCGAGUGUCGGAGACCCAGGAGGUGGCUGAUGUCAUUCUGUUCCUCGCCAGUGAUAAGGCUAGGGGUGUGACUGCGUCCAGGUGGAUCACUGACAACGGAGCUCAGGCCAUGUGAUGUACUAUUCUAUUUACGUCUUGACAACCCUGCGUCCAUGACUCGACAUAUCCGACGUUGAAUUUCUCCCUCGUUGUCCAGUUGUUAUCAGCGAAUGGUAAGGGGACAGGAUUGUUAUGAUUCCACUAUUAUAUUUAUUAUCAAUUAUUUGAUUUAAGUAACAGCACGGUUAUGUAUAAAUUGGUAUACUACUUAAUUAAAUUAUUGUUACUAGAACUA